UCAUGGUUGGUCAUGGAACUGCUGCAGUUCACAUGUCUGCUUUUACUUAUCAGCGUGAGAUGUUUGACAGGUUUUGGCCAGCAGUGUGGGGGUAACCAGUGGCAGUGUGAUGAUGGAGCUUGUCUGCCUCUUUCCUGGUACUGCGAUGGAAAUGGAGACUGUAUGGACGGCUCUGAUGAAAUGGCCUGCCCCUGUCCUAGGGGCCAGGUUGCCUGCAUGACCGGGGCUCCUGGUUGUGUAAGUACCUCUGCAGUAUGUGAUGGGCAGCGCCAGUGUUCUGAUGGGUCUGAUGAGUUUAACUGCCCAGAGAACCAGGGCUGUCUGCAGGGGGACUGGAGGUGUAGGAAUAAGAUCUGCAUCCCCAAGGACCAAUACUGUAAUGGUGCUAAUGACUGUGUGGACAACUCUGAGACCUGUGGCCGGUGUGGGCCAAUGGCUGUGCGUUGUCCUGGAGGGGCGUGUCUGACUGAAGAUGAGAGGUGUGAUGGAAAAUUGCACUGCUCUGAUGGCAGCGAUGAACCCUCUACCUGUGGGAGGACCUGUUCAGAAGAGAAUGGUGGCUGCAGUCACUCCUGUUUGGAUCAGCCCUGGGGAGCUCUCUGCUCCUGUCCUAAAGGCCAUAGGCUGUCUGCUCAUGGAGCCUCCUGUCUGGAUGUGGAUGAAUGCUCUCUGCCUUACGGUCCAUGCAUGCACUUCUGUGUCAACACACCCGGGUCCUUCUACUGCCACUGCCGAGACGGCUUCCAGCUUCAAGGAACCACUUACUGCUAUGCUAAAGGAAAUUAUACAAAGUUUCUGACUGCAAAGAAGGGAACUAUCGGAUUUCUGAAUCUGAAGACUCUGAGAUUCGAGUCUAUUCAGAGUAUUGGCUAUGAUCCUCUGGCCCUGGCCUUUGAUCUCUCCAGAAGCUCAUUCUACUGGGCUGAUGACCAGGGGAACAUCUACAAGGCUAAGGAGCAGAAGAGCAGGAUCCUUUAUCAUGGACAAUAUGGGGUUAGAAGUCUAGUCUGUGAUUGGCUGACAGGCCAGCUGUACUGGACCAACCAGAAGACCCGGUCUAUUCAUGUUGGGGCAGCUGAUGGGAGUGGAUUUGCAACAGUCUUGGCCAAGAACAUAGACCCGUUGGAGCUGGUCCUUCUUCCCAUUGAAAGCUUGUUGUUUUGGAUCAACAAAGGUCCAGGUGAUAAAAUGACUCUGGAGAGAUCUGGGAUGGAUGGGUUAAAGCAGGAAUCUCUGGUGGUCCUCACUGCACAGGCACCACGGAGUCUGACCCUGGACGUUACAGUUCGGAGGCUGUACUGGAUGAGUGAUUUUAAAAAGUCCAUAGAGACUGUGCGAGUGGAUGGGAGUGGUCGCUACAGCUUUCUGGAGUUCUUCAAGAGGAGACCAGCUCAGAGCCUGGCGGUGUUUGAGAGGUGGUUCUACUGGACAGAUCAGAUGGGUCUGUGGCGUUCCCCUCAGGACCGACCUGAUCAGAAGACCUUUAUUCAGAGGACAACACUCUCUGUCCUAGAGGCAUACCAUGAACAACAGCAGCCAAAAGCUCCAUCAGCCUGUGUAAAGUCUGGCUGUCUGCUCUGCAUGCCGACUCUGGACCUCCCUGCUGGAUUCACCUGUACCUGUCCUGAUGACAAACUGCUCAUGGCAGAUGGCUCAUGUGAAUAUCCCAGGUUUGCUUAUGCAACAUCCACAACACUGAACCUGCUCGAGUUGAAAGGGAAGGAACUGAUCAAGACAUUACUGCUGACUACGGAUGACGUCAUGGAGUCUUUUGACAUUGACUGGAGGGGGGACUGGGUCUACUGGGCAAACAGCACUGGUGAUGUGAUGCGCAGGAGCCUCAAUACCGACCAAACAGAGACUGUCCCCACGCUGAGACCAGCCUGCGUGGUGUCAGUAGACCAGAAGAUGAGAAAUCUGUACUGGCUGUCAUGUGAUGAAGUCUAUGUUGGCGUCACUAACAUGGAUCAGGGUUACCCACGGAGACUGUACCAGUCAGGCAGUGAGGUAAGAGAUGUUUAUCUGGACUGGCAGCGGGGGAGGCUGUACUUGCUGGAGGCUGGGUGGAUCCUAUCCAUGAGACUGCCCGGAGGAAACCCUAGGAAAGUCCUGAGAGUGGAGGGACACGUCGCUGGGCGCAUUGUUUUGGACCUGAAAUCCAACACACUGCUCUGGAACACAGAGGGGGACGAUCUGAAGAUCAUGAGUCUGUUGAAGUCCCAGACUCACCUGGCAGGCAGAGAGUGGAAUGUCCCUGGUUCCAUCAUGGCCGCUCACGCUCCGCUCCUAGUGUCGCUGUUUAAUGAUGUCAUCACUGUGUGGGACCGGCGGGACAGGAGGCGUGUCCACGAUGUCCCUGUCGGACCAGGCGUUGUCAGGGUGAUCGUGGCUCUUGAUGUAAAGGAAGAUUCUAACAAGGCCCUUCCUCCUGUCCUGCCAACUCUGGCUCAGACCUGUACCAGUCCAUCAGUGAUGUGUCGGGGCUCAACUUGUGGCAUCUCCCAAACUCAGCUGUGUGACACAUUGAAGGACUGUCCUGAUGGUUUUGAUGAGGAUCCUGCAUUACUAAAUGUCCAAACCGAGGUGAGUUCCGGUGUAAGGACAGGAGGAAAUGUAUUGAGAGGAGGCUGGUUUGUGAUGGACGCGCUCAUUGCCAAGACGGCUCGGAUGAGGUUGGCUGUCAAACGAUAGCUGCUCCAACAUCGCAAACUGCGCCCCUGAAGUGUCGCAUGGUUCUAGACUGUGCAAGGAUGGGAGAGAGUGUGUCCUGCACAGCCAUGUU